GCACGCGCCCGCUGCGCUCCGCUAGAGGUCUCCCGGCCCCUGCUCGCCUCGCUCGCCUCGCUCGCCUCGCUCGAGCCUCGCUCGCCUGCGCCGCUGCCUGCGCCAGGUGAGGGCUCGCGGCUCCCGGCUGCGGCGCCCGGCGCUUGCUGGCUGGCUCGGAGCGUGAGCCUGCGAGGCGGGCUGGGGCGGCGGGCGGUUAGCGCUCCGUUCCACGCGGGGAGGGGCGGCACGCCGGGCGCUGCACGGCGGUGGCGGCGGCGGCGGCGGCGGCCGGGCUUUUGGGUUUUGUGCCCCGGGCCGGAGCCGGUCGGUCCCCCGGCGGAGAGACGGGCAGUCGGGCUCCCUGGCCGCGGGCCCCCCCUGGCUGGGGCGGCUGGGGCCCGGGGACCAUGUCGGCGGUGCCCGCCGCUCAGCCCCGGGAGGAGCCCCCCGCGGUGGCCGCCGAGAAGGAGUCGCUGUUGGUAACGGCGCCCGGACGCGAGGGCAAGGAGGCCGCGACAGCCAUCAGCGCGGGGGCGCGGGGAGAGCCGUCGCCGGCGCCGGCGCUGGUGCUGGGGCGCAGCGUGCCGCAGGCGGCCGUGCCCGUGCGACCCCUGGCUUUGCACCUGGCGCGCAAGGCGCGCGGCGCCGGGGGCCCCUCGGGCGGGGGAGCCCCGCCACCCGUACCGAGGGCCCCGCGGGCGGAGGACGCCCUGGAGGAGGAGGCGGCGGCCGGCCGGGAGGAAAAGCUGCAGCCGCCGCCGCCGCCGCCGCCGCCGCCGCCGCCGCCGCCUAAGGAGAACCCCUGGACCAAAAAGCCUCCCCAGCACCUGUCCCCUGCCGGGACGGGGCCGCCGCCGUCCCCCCUGGAAACCCUGGAGGCAGAGCUCAGUUCCCCUAAAAUUAUAAAAGCAGGAAAACUCAAGACAAAGAAAUCCAACAAGGCUAGUGAUUUCAGCGAUAUGGCGAAUUGGCCAACACCAAGUGAAUUAGUGAACACUGGAUGUCAGAGUGUCAUCAGCCAAGGAAAUAAGAAACCACAAAAUAGAAAAGAAAGAGAAGACAAGGUUGAAAAGAGAAUUAACAGUGAGAGCAAAGAAAGCCGGGAAACAAAAUUAGAUGGUCCUGGUGAAAAUGCCAGUGAGGAUGAGGCUCAGUCAAGUAAUCAACGAAAGAGAGCUAAUAAGCACAAGUGGGUACCACUCCACUUAGAUGAUGUAAGACCAGACAGUCAAGAAAGACCAGGAUCUCGGAACAGCUCAAGAUGUCAACCUGAUGCAAAUAAAUCAUCAUAUAAUAAUAGGAGAAAUGAUACACGAAGUUGGAGGCGUGAUAGAGAAAAGAGAGACGAUCAAGAUGAAGUUUCCAGUGUGAGAAGUGAGGGUGGCAAUAUCCGAGGUUCCUUUAGAGGCCGAGGAAGAGGCCGAGGACGGGGAAGAGGACGAGGCAGAGGAAAUCCUCGACUGAACUUCGAUUACUCAUAUGGUUAUCGAGAACAUGGUGAAAGGACUGAUCAGCCAUUUCAAACAGAACUUAAUACCAGUAUGAUGUAUUACUAUGAUGAUGGUACAGGUGUACAGGUGUAUCCUGUGGAAGAAGCAUUGCUUAAAGAGUAUAUAAAACGCCAAAUUGAAUAUUACUUCAGUAUAGAAAAUUUAGAGCGGGACUUCUUUCUUAGGAGAAAGAUGGAUGAACAAGGUUUCUUGCCUAUUUCCCUGAUUGCUGGUUUCCACCGUGUUCAGGCUCUCACUACAAACCUUAAUCUCAUUUUAGAGGCACUGAAAGAUAGCACAGAAGUGGAAAUUGUGGAUGAGAAAAUGAGAAAAAAGAUAGAACCAGAAAAGUGGCCAAUUCCAGGCCCUCCUCCACGUAGCGUGCCACAAACAGACUUCUCUCAACUGAUUGAUUGCCCAGAGUUUGUACCAGGCCAAGCCUUUUGUUCACAUACAGAAUCUGCCCCAAAUUCUCCAAGAAUUGGAAGUCUGCUGAACCCAAAGAAAAAUACUGAAACAAGUAAUCUUCAAGCAAUGUCUAGAGGUUUGUCUACUAGCUUGCCUGACUUGGACUCAGAACCUUGGAUAGAAGUAAAAAAGAGACAUCGUCCAUCUCCAGUGAAAUUGAAGAGUAAAGAUCUGGCUUGGAGGAAAGCUGACUUGACUAUAGGUUCUGGGGGCCUAGAUAUUUCAGUGAUACCUGCUAAGGAAUCAUCAUCUCUACCUGAAGAGGCAUCAAAUCAGCUGUAUCCUUCAGAUGAGCAAGAGCAAGAAGAGCUUGAUUUUUUAUUUGAUGAAGAGAUAGAACAAAUAGAAGGACGAAAAAACACAUUUACGGAUUGGUCUGAUAAUGAUUCAGAUUAUGAAAUUGAUGACCAGGAUUUAAACAAGAUUUUAAUUGUCACUCAGACACCACCUUACAUGAGAAAACAUCCUGGAGGAGAUCGAACAGGCAACCACAUGUCUCGGGCAAAAAUUACAUCUGAACUUGCUAAAGUCAUUAAUGAUGGCUUAUAUUACUAUGAACAGGAUCUAUGGAUGGGAGAAGAUGAAAACAAACACACAGCCAUAAAGCAAGAAGUUGAGAACUUUAAGAAGCUAAAUCUCAUUAGUAAAGAACAGUUUGAAAACCUAACACCUGAACUUCCUUUUGAGCCAAACCAAGAAGUUCCUGUAGCACCUUCACAGUCCAGGCAAGAUUUGAGUGAUGAAUCAGCCCAGAAGCUGUUUGAUGUUUCAGGAAUAUCUUUAGCAACAUUGGCCCAUUCAUUGCCCACAGCAGUUCCAGAAUCUCCUAGAAUUCAUCCUGUGAGGACACCUAAAACACCUCGAACACCCAGGUUACAAGAUCCAAACAAAACACCAAGAUUUUAUCCUGUCGUUAAAGAACCAAAAGCUAUUGAUGUAAAGAGUCCAAGAAAAAGAAAAACAAGACAUAGUACAAAUCCCCCUCUAGAAUGUCAUGUUGGUUGGGUAAUGGAUUCCAGAGAUCACGGGCCAAGAACAUCUUCUGUCAGCAGUUCAAAUGCUUCACCUUCAGAAGGUGCACCACUAGUAGGAGGUUAUGGAUGUACUCCUCAUUCAUUCCCAAAGUUCCAGCACCCUUCUCAUGAACUUUUGAAGGAAAAUGGCUUUACCCAACAAGUGUACCACAAGUAUCGUCGAAGAUGCCUAAGUGAGAGAAAACGCUUGGGAAUUGGCCAGUCCCAAGAAAUGAAUACCCUCUUUCGUUUCUGGUCCUUUUUCCUCAGAGAUCACUUCAAUAAAAAAAUGUAUGAGGAAUUUAGACAACUUGCUUGGGAAGAUGCAAAAGAAAAUUACAGGUAUGGAUUAGAAUGUCUGUUCAGGUUUUAUAGUUAUGGACUGGAAAAAAAAUUCAGACAAGAAAUUUUUAAAGAUUUCCAAGAAGAAACCAAAAAAGACUACGAAUCUGGUCAGCUGUAUGGAUUAGAAAAGUUUUGGGCUUACCUAAAAUAUUCUCAAUCUAAGACACAGUCUAUUGACCCAAAACUUCAGGAAUACCUCUGUAGCUUUAAGAGGUUAGAAGACUUCCGCAUUGAUCCCCCGAUUAGUGAGGAAUUUGGAAGAAAAAGACAUUCAUCUACUUCUGGUGAGGACAGUAGUCGUCAUAGACUUCCAUCUAAUUCCUCUGCAAAGCCACCAAAUGCUGCUAAGCGUACAUCUGCUAAUCAGCUUCAGGUCCCAAUAAACUGUCCCAGAAGGAAUACUUCCCAGGAGUCCAGUGACAAUUCACACCAGAACAGUGCUGCCUCAGUCUCAACAGAUGGUGAAAUGCCUGAGAAAUAGACUCUUAUGAAAGUUGUUUGCCCUUGAAAUCAACAUUUACAUCAGUAUUUAUUUGGGGAAAAUCUUCUGAUGUUUGAUUGUGAUAAUCACAAAAAAGAAAAAGGAAGAAAAGCGGUAGCAUUUUUUUCUAACAAGAUAAAUUCUGAAAACUCAUUUUCCCUGAUGUCAUGAGCAAGGAUAGUUUUGGUGACCUUUUAUAGAGAUCCUCUAGUAAUGUAUUUUGGUUUCAGUAUUUCUUUUUCAAAGCAAUUGUUUAUAAGAACAGCAUUCCUUAAAUAUAUAGAAAAACAAUGCAAGGAAUGCCUAAACAUUUCAGCUCAUACUUCUUAAAGAAGAUAUAGUAUGUUGUAUUCAUCUCUUCUAUAGAGCUUUCCUAAAGAAUCCAAUUACCCUGUUAUCAAUUCAUAUUUGAACUUAUCAAAAACAAAGGAAGAUUACGUAUAUAUUUUUUAAAUUCAAAAAAAAUACAUUUGCUCUUCUUUUAGACCAAUAGCUUAAGGAAAUUUUUUUUUUUUUACCAAACUAGAACUAUAUUGCAGUUAAAUUGAAGUAUGAAAUAUGUGCACUUUGGAUGCUGGGUUUGGCUUUUUUCCUCCUCUAGUCAUACCUCAUGAUUUCCAUAGUUAUUGUUGUGCUAGUGUGGAAUGUUCUGAAUUGACAUCAGCUGGUUACAUAUUAGAAGAGAUUUACUUUUUGUGGCUCUAUAAUAAACAUGCACAAGUAAUUGAAAACUGGGUUGGGAUUGGUUGGAAUUUUGUUCUAAAUCAAUUAAAUCUUGCCCUGUUUCUAAUGCAUCUUCUGUUUGUACAUUUGCAGGUGGGUAUGACAGGUAGUCAGAUUAUCUUCAGCUUAAAAGUAGUACUUGGUUUUUCCUUUCUGUUUCUUUUAGUUUUGUUUUAUGCUCAUGUUUUCAAGAGUUAUAGCAAAUUGAUUUCUGAUUUUUAUUGCUCUUGCAACUGAUGUAAAUGAUAGUUUCAGUUUUUGUGGGAAUUAAAAAAAUAAAGCACUUAUUCUAAAUUAUUGGAAUUGAUUUUUAAUUAUUUUGUUUAGAAUAUAGUUGAAAGCUGUAAUAUUCAAAUUCUGCUAGUAGAAGACUAUUAUAUUUUGUGAAGGAAGUUCCAGUUAUAAAUUUAUCCGUUUAUAUUUACCGCGUGUAUUUUCUUGGCAGAGCAGCUAGUUUAAUACACUAAAUUAUUAUUUUCUCUUUGAUGUCUUGUUCUUAUGGGAUGACAACAUCGAAAUACAUACAAUCUUUGGAUAAAUGGACUAUUAAUCAGGAAAAAAGAUUUUCAUUAGUUGUUACCCAUGCAUAAGUGAUAAUCUAUAGUUUAAUAUUUGGGGGUCAUUUUGAUGUGGUAAUUUUAAGAAAUAGUCAAAUUUGAAUAUUUAGAAAAUAAAUUUUACUUAGAGAUGUUGAGAAAAGAAUGCAAAACAAGGGAUUAGAAUAAUAAAUUUCUAGAUGUUUUCUUAAGUGGAUAUGUAGUUCUGGCUUUUCACUGAGAAGUUUCCAAAUCAUACUUACUAGCUUUAAUGCGGUUUCUUGAAAUGAUCUAAAGAAUUUUCUCAGUAUCCUUUUUGUAUUGAACACAUACAUCUGAAACUUGUGUUUAAGAUUAUUUCUACUCACCUAAAUAUGCAAGUGUAAAUUUGAUUUGAAAAUUGUAUAUUUUAUAUGAAAAUACGGUAAUCAAGAGUUUUGUGAUAUGUAAUAAUUAGAAAUUUUAUCAUUAUUUUGAUUAUAAAAGUAAUACAUGUAACUGAGGGAUUUAGAAAAGCACAAAGAAGA